UGUGUGGUCAAAAAUAUGAUAUAUGGUAAUUUAAGAGAUAUUAUUCCUUGAUAAAAAAAAGAGGAAGAAAUCUUAUUCCUUAACAGAUUUUUUUCUUUACAUAUCAGACAUAUUCUUAUUUUCUUCUUCCUUAUAUGUAUUUUCUAUAAAGAAAAGUAUUUUCAAAGAAUUACAUAUUUACAAAUUAAGAAGGAGAUUUUGGUAUAACAAUACACAAAUUGAAAGAAAUUUACGGGGGUUAUUGGCUUAAGAAUUCUAGAGGAAUUAUUAAAUUUUAAGAAUCUAUUGUUAUUGGUUUAUAAACUUCUGAAAUCUUUCCAAAAUCUAUUGUUAUUGGUUUGAGGACUUUUAAAUUUUAUUCAAAUCUUUUGUUAUUCAAAAAGUUUAGUUAUUAUUGAUUUUUCUAUUCUUUUAAAAUCUAUGUUUAUUGGGAGGUAAAUUCUUUAUAUUUUUACUCAUAAUCUAGAUUUUGAAAAUAUCAAGUGUACUUAUAAGAUUUUAGAAAUCUGUGUAACAGUAAGAACAUACAUAUAUAGCAUGAUAUAUCUUCUGUUUGGCCUAUGAUAUAAUCUUUCUUUUGUUAGAAUGGUGUCUCGAAAAACAAAAAGUCAAUGAAAACUAAACAGAAAAAUCUUUCAUGUAUAGUCAUAACGAAACAAAGAACAAACCAUAGCACAAAGAAGCAGUACCAUAAAAAGUAUCUGUCUACGUGAACAUACCAAACCAUAAUACCAAUAAAAACAAUCUGUCUCAUUAACACUAAUGACUUCCAUUUCCUAUUGCAUGUGUCCACAUUAGAAGCUAUCAUGUUUCUCUAAUUAUUAGCGUAUUCAAUGAUUUUAGAACCUUAUGAAAGUUCUCACUAGUGUCAAAUAGUGAUCUCUUGAACAUGUCUAUUGUGUAACAAUAUUUUGAACUCAGACCAAUAGUUAGGAGAAAUGUAGCCACCAACUCUUCAACACAUAUAUUGCUGGUAUCUCAAAGAUAUAUUAUGCUGAAACGAGAAACCAAUAACAGCGAGAACUGAUUUAUCAAGAUGUCUAUCAUUGUGUCAAUUACGUGAUGUUUAUAUAUAUAGUUUACAUUAAGAUUUUGUUUUGGAAAAAUUCUAGAAAGAUUGUUAUACAUUCCUUAUAAGGAGAAACCUUGAAAAAAAAAAUAUUGUGCAAAUCUAUAAUAAUCAAUAAAAAUAUAUUGAAAUCAAUACAUAUUUGAUGGAAAUUUACACAAUAUUUGUAACUCUACUUAACUUCUAAAAGUCUGUCAACCUUUAAAAUCACUAAACUCCUUCCGAAUUCUGAUUCCAAUAACACCCCCCCCCCCCCCUCCCCCUUAUGUUGUUUGUCCCUCCCAAGUAUCAUCACGAAAUACAUCAUGGGCAGUGAUAGUUUUAUGAUUUGUUUAAGGUGAAUAUUAAUCGGAUCAAUUAUUUCAAAAAUAAUAAGAAUAAGAUUUUUUAAAAUUGUAUUUAAUGCUCCUACUCCAGUUUUUUAAUCACGUAGAAAGUAAUAAAAAUCCAUUUUUGUCUAUGAAUUCAUUUUUCCAAUAAUUAAUUUUUUUUAACUUUGAAUCUAAAUGACUUUAUUAAUGCAUUAUAGCGGAAAUAUUGUAGAACUUCAAAAUUAUAAAAAUUGUUCUAUCACCAUGAUCAUAUAAAGGCUCGUUAAUGCUUAGACCAUAUUUAACAAACCAUUUAACAAUCUAAGUGUUUAUUGUUAAAUGCAACAAUAAUAAACACUAGAUUUUGAUCCACGCUUAGAAAGCGCCGGUUUGUUUUUCAUUUAUUAAUAAAAAUAGUUUAACAAUUGUUCUAUAAUAAUGUUUGGGUUUAAAAAAUAUUUGAUUCAGACCCAUGGUUGAAUCCAUAGAUUCAAUAUUUUGUAUAUAAUGCGGUUCAGAUUUUAUGAAAAAUCAUUAAUUAAAAAUAAGAUAAACUCCGAUAAAAACUCAAAAAUUCACUAUUAACCCGCGAUCUAAUACCAUUGAUCCAAUAAAAACAUAUAAUAUCUGAUAAUAUUUUUAAUUUUUAGUUGCAUUGCUCAUAUAAUUUUUAAUGUUGUAUAAACUUGUGAUUCCUUAGAUUUUGAUGAAAUUUUUAUCAUGGCAUUCAACUAAAAUGAUAAUAUAAAAAAUUUAUUGAUAUGAUACUAUUAGUUUAUUUUUAUUAUUGAUAACAUAUCAUAAGUUUGUACUUUAUUUUACAUUUAAAAUUUAAUUUUUAUGAUACUUUUUAAAAUAAUCUUAAACACUCAUAAUUGUCAUAUAAAUUUUAUGUAUAAAAUAACAAAAUAAAUAAUAUUUUUAAUUUUUGUAUAUGUAUUAAUUUUUGAUUGAUGAAUAAUAUUAUAGGCGAAAAAUAAUAUUCAAAUAUGUAAAUGAUGUAUAUGGUUUAGGAUAUAGAGUUUUGGUUUGUAUUGAAAAUAUGCAUGAUAUUUGAAUGAUCUAUUUUGAAUAUUGAUACAUAGGUUUAAUAAAUUAAUAUUUUGGUGUCAUUAUGUUAGUUUUCAUAAAUAUUUAUUUUCCAAUUCUUUUACUCCAGAUUAUGUUGCAAAUGAACAACAAAUGAUCGAUUGUGCUGAUUAAAUAGUAGUAUGAGACUAAUAUUAGGUGUAUGUUAAAAAUGAUUAGUUGUAUAUUAUAUACAUGCAGUGUAGUCCCAGCUGUGAAUAGCCGUUUGUGCAUGAAUUAAUUAUUGUUUUGACCAAUGUAUAUAAUACAAACCGGCUUGAAUUCACGGUUAAGGAAAGUAUUAUAAACAUUAUUUUAGAAAGUAUAAACAAUGGUCGUAGAUAAUGGUUUAAGUUAAUAACUAAUUGAUCCAACAACUUUUUAUAAGUAGAUUUUUUAUAUUUUCUUCAGUUUUAAUAGUAUAGAUGUAAUUUAACAAGUAGCAUUUACGCUAGAACGGAGUGGCUAACAUUAAUUAUUAGUCAUUAUCUUACAAUACUUCUCAUUUACGUGUUUUCAUCUCCCAUUUACGUGUAAACAGUGAUUCAUUACAUUAAUUCUCGAAGUCUAUUAAAUUUUUAUGCGUUUUUUAGGAUUAGGAAAAUUAUUUUUAUAUGAUAAGCAUGUUUUCAAAUAGAAAAUAUAGUUUUUGAAUCUGAUAUAUAUACAUACGGAUCUACAAAAUUAUAUAUUUAUUCAUUCACAAAAUCAAUAUACAAACCCUAAACGGAUUUGCUUCAGUACAUUUUUGCUUUAAAACAGAUAUUUGCUUUAAAAUAGAUAUUUUCUUUAAUAAAAUAAUUUAAUUUUUAAGAUAGAAAGACAUAUUAUUAGGAUAAGAAAUUACAAACAUUUUUGUAAAUUGCAUAAGAAGUUACAAACAUUUACUUGGAUUUCUAUUAUUAAUAGAUAAGAUAUACGGAAAUUGAAAUGAAGAGGAGGCUGGGUGAUGAGGAAGAAGAACUCAAGCACAUGCGUGCACAUGAGUUAAGUUUCGAAAACGUCAAUUCCAUUAAUGUCGCUCUUCUGGCUUAUCUCACUUCCUUCUAAAUCACCAUUAACACAACUGCCAAAUCUCUGUAUCACGUUUGCUAUCCUUUUUUCAGGGCCGACCAUGAAUUUUGAUAAACCGUGAUUUACUACAAGACCAUGUUAUUAGUAUCUAUAUUAUUAACUAGGGUGUUUUCGUACACCGUGGUGCAGUAAUAAAAAAAUUAAAUUAUAUAUAAAAUAAAAGUUUAUUAUUAAUUUAGAUUUUAUUAUUUUUACAUAUAUUUUAAUCUAAAUUUUGAUUUAAUUGAACAUAAAAUGAAGAUAAAAUGAACAUUUUUGUUUAUUUUAAAUUAUAUUUAAGAAUAAAUAUGUAUAUAUUUAAAAUUAGUAACUUAGAUAGAUUUUUUAUCUAUUUCUUUUGGAUAAUAUAUUAAAUCAACUUGUAUAAAUUAACAAAAAAAAAAUUGAUACAAAGUUGUAUAAUGAUCAAAAAUUAAAACUAAACAAUAUUUUAAAAUUUGCAGAUAUAUAAAAUAAAUAAUUAUAUUACGAUUAAAAAUAUAUAUUUUUAAAAAUUGUAAAAAUAAUUGAAAUCCUUUUUAGUAAUAAAAUUGUAUAAUUAUAAAAAAUAGAAAUAAAUAAUAUUUCAAAAUUUGUAAAAUAUUAUUAUAUUAUUCAGUGUCAUAUUUGAAUAGAUUUACUUUAAUGAUAUUGUAUAAUUUACUCCCAUAUUCUAAAAGAAUUACCAAAAAUAUAAAUAACCAUUAAAUGUAAUUGUCCAUGUCACAUUUAACCAUAAGCCAUGUUUUUAUUUUUAGUAUGUUAUAUCAUAUUUAUUUAGUGAAACUGAAUAUAGAGAGCACAUGAGUCAAAAUUACUUUGCAAAUAAUGUAUUGGGGACUAGGUGUUUUCUAGAUCAUGUGCAGUAAUAGAUUUUUAAAUUUAAAUUAUAUUUUUAAAUAUUUUUUUAUUACUUUUACUAAUAUUUUAAUAGAAAUUUGAUUUAAUUAAACAUAAAAUUAAGAUAAAAACAUAAUUUUCUUAAAUUAUAUUUAAGAAUAUAUCUGUAUAAUUCAAAAUUAUAAUACCAGAUAUUUUUAAUCUAUUUAUUUUGAUUAAAUAUAUUAAAUCAACUUGUAAAAAUUAAUAAAAAAAUUGAUAUAUAAAUCAUAUGAUUAUCAAAAAUUAAAACUAAAUAGUAUUUAUAAAAUUUGUAGAUAUAUAAAAGAAACUAAUAAUAUUACAAUUAAAAUAUAUAAUUUUAAAAAAAAAUUGUUGAAAACUUUGAAAGUUUUAGUGAUAAAAUUUGUAUAAUUAUAAAAAUAGAAUUAAAUAAUAUUUCAAAAUUUGUAACGUUACAUUUGAAUAUAUAUAUAUUUAAUGAUAAUGUAAGAGUUAUUACUAUAUUGUAGAAGUUUACCAAAAAUAUAGAUUAACAGUAAAUAUAAUGUAUGAAUAUUACUAUAUUUAUUAUAAAAUUUAACAAAAAUAUAAAUCAACAUUAAAUGUAAUUAUUCAUAUCAUAUUUAGCUAUAGACCAUGUCAUCAAUUUUAGUAGUCAUGUCACAUUUUUUUUAUAAAAUUGAUUAUAGAGAAGUUCUAGCAAAUCACUUAUCAAAUAAUGUAUAUAGGAUUUAUCUAAUCUAUAUCUUGGAACUAUUAGUACAGCCAAGCAACAGAAACAAGAACAUAACCAUGUUAUUAAUUAGUAUCAUUUGAUUAUAUUGACAAUUAAAUAAAACUGAUCAUACUAUGAUCAAAGUGUAUUAUUAAUUAAUAUAAACGAGAAGGUUCAACGAAGCAAUAUGCACUAACAAAAAGUAUUGUUUCGUCGUGUUGCACCUAUAAAUACAACACCAUACUCGUUAAGUCGUCUCCAUGUCAAACCUGUGUAAGCUCAUAAACACAUCACACCAAGAUUCUUCGAUAUUAUAUUUACUUUUAUAGUCAGUCUUGUAAACGGGAGCCAUGGAUGCUAAGAAUGCGUUAGUGAUUGUAUUAACCAGCAUCGCCGUACUGCUUCUCGCCGGUGCCCCCACGGUGGUCCAAGCUUGUCUCCCUUCCGAACGAGCGGCGCUUCUCGAGUUCCGAGCAAAGCUCAACGAGCCUUACAUUGGCGUAUUCAAAACAUGGAAAGGCCAAGACUGCUGCAACGGGUGGUACGGCGUGAGCUGCGACCCCAAAAGCCGCCGAGUCUCCGGCAUCACCCUCCGCGGAGUAUCGGAGGAGCCGAUUUUCCAAAGGGCGAAACGGAAGGGGUUCAUGACCGGCACCAUCUCGCCGGCGUUGUGUAAACUCACUCACCUCUCCGGCGUUACAAUCACCGACUGGGAAGGAAUCUCCGGCGUGAUUCCGAACUGCAUCACGAAUCUUCUUGCAAUGAGACAUUUGGAUCUCGCCGGAAAUAAAAUCUCCGGCGUGAUUCCGGCGAAUAUCGGGAAGCUCACGAAGCUAAGAGUGCUGAAUCUCGCCGAUAAUAAAAUCUCCGGUGUGAUUCCUCCGUCGAUCACGAGGUUGACGAGCUUAUCGCAUCUUGAUUUGAGGAACAAUUAUAUCUCCGGAGUCAUACCGGGAGAUAUCGGCCGGUUAAAGAUGCUGAGCCGUGUGCUCUUAACCGGUAACAGAAUCUCGGGUCAAAUACCCGAAUCUUUGACCCGGAUCUACCGGCUCGCGGAUCUUGAGCUCGGGAUGAACCGAAUCACCGGUACGAUCCCGGUUUCGUUAGGCAAAAUGUCUGUUCUCGCGACGCUCGAUCUCCACGGGAACUUGAUCUCCGGUGCGAUUCCGGGGAGUUUGAUGACUUCGUCGAUCUCGAAUUUGAAUUUGCGCGGGAACCGUCUUGCGGGAAGGAUACCGAACACGUUUGGACCGAGGUCGUACUUCACGGUGCUGGAUCUUUCGAACAACCGUUUACUGGGAGCGAUUCCCGCGAGUAUUACGACGGCGUCGUUUAUAGGACACAUCGACGUGAGUCAUAACCAACUGUGUGGGAAGAUUCCGACGGGAUCUCAUUUUGGUCAUCUUGAAGCGGCGUCGUUUGCUUACAAUAGAUGCCUCUGUGGAAAGCCUCUUGGGAACUGUCCGAAAUAAUUAAUGAAUCAUUAAGAAAUGAUUUGGGAGGGGAAUCAAAAGCUUUGAUUUUUGUUAUGUUUAUUCUAUAGUACUACUAUUUACAUUAUUAUCAUUUCAUACGUAAUUCCCAUUUGGAGCUUUCUUCUUUAUUACUUCCUCGUUUCAUAUUAAAUGUCGUUUUAGAAAAAAAAAUUCGUUAAAAAAUAAGUGUCAUUUUCGAUUUUCAAUACAAAAUUUAUUAAUUUUAUGCAAAAUUUUUUUUUAUUGGUUAAAAUAUAAUUAGGUGUAUAGGUAAUAGUGUUUUUUUAUAGAAAAUGUAUAAAAUUAAUUAUUUUUUUAAUCCGUGUGCCGAAACCUAAAACGAUUUUUAUAAUGAAACAGAAGGAGUAUUGUUAAUCUUUUCUCUGUCUGCCAUUAUUCUCGAACGCUCAUUGAUGAGAGGGAACAAGUAGACAAAUAAAUAUUUCCCGGUUCUAGAUUGUAACUUGGCUUGCAUAUAUCUCCUGACAGACGAGCCAUUACCAUGUGUAUGUGAGACAUGUGACGAAACAAAAAUGUUGAUCUCCAUUAAUCCUGCUAAUGGUGGGUUUAUUGUGGUUAAUAAUGGGCUUCAAAUUACGAAUUUUGUAUCGAUAGGCGCGGUCCAAUUAUAAAUUAAAACAUACAAAAAGUAGUCUAGUGGCCCUUGAGCCCAAAGUCGGUGGUGCAUGGGUCGUGACCUGGGAGAAUGUCUGGGUGCACGUGAAUAAUAUACGCCAAAACAACAUAUAGAAUUGUCGGAUUAAUCCAUUAUACAUAUAGCAGUCAAGUUCUUACAAAACGAAAUACAAAACAACAUAUAUGCGCUGAUCAAUCUCAUGUUAUAUACCAUUCAUCUUGACGUAAUAUAUUGACCCAUAAAUAUAUUCGUUAUACCGUAUGUGAGGAACUCUUGCCCGAUAAAGAUAUAUCAUAAUUAAUAAGUAGAGAUGAACAUGAUGACUUUUGUAGAAGAAAAACAAGAUACGACAUAAAGAACAUGUCAAUACCGUGCGGGAGAAAAUUGUACAACACGUAUUUUUGAUGCUUUCAGGUUACUCUCUUAUUAACAAGUAUUCGGUAUACUGUUAUACCCAUACAUGAGAGAAUCCAACAACAAGCAUGUUUGAGAUUUGAGACCUACAUAUUAUUUGAGAUUUGAGAAGUUAGAAAAAAAUGUUCAGUCUAUGUCUAUAUAUUAAUAGGACGUUUAUAAAAAGUUAUUUUAAAACAAAUAAUUUAGUUAAUUACUUGUAGCAUAUAUUUCACUUCUGUUUUCAACACCUCGUAUUAAUUGGGAUGAGUUUCUUAUGCUGCACAGCUAGUAGAUACGAAGUGUACAAGUGGGACGACAAAAUAAGUCGUGUAUCCUUUGCAGUUUAUGUGGUAACGUGAUAUGUCCUAGUCCUUCGGAAAUUUUAUCUUUCCUCCCCUGGAUACUACCUCCACUUUGAGUACUAAUUUAUGUAUAUAUUUCCUACAAGUUUCCCAUCUUCACGUCAACAAAAAAUGAAAGUACGUUAUAACCGGCAAAAAGUAAUUAUUUUUAGAUCAUUUCAUAAACUUGAAUAAUGAUUGUUAUCAUAA